CGAAGGGACCCCGAUGGGAGACCACUUCCGUGAGCACCACCCCGGCGCGCCGCUAAACAAAUCAUCCCUUCCUCUUCAGGUUCGCGUCCUUUAUCGCUCCAAAGACCACCCGGACAGAAAAAUCGCAGAAUCCCUACUUAUAAAAGCAAACCGCCCGCACAUAAACUCAAAUCUUUCGUCGUGGCCAAUCAUGUAAGCGCCUGUAUCAUGUGUAUCUUGUGAGCGUGUAGCCUUUUCAACUCAAUCGAUUAAUAUGUGUAUGUGUAUAUUAUUUUGUUAUGUGUGUGAUGUACAUCGGCGUUAGUGUACAUACCUUCCAUACGAUGUGUGUUUGACAGCUACGUGUACAAUUGUAUAUUAUGUAUGUUACGUACAUCGGACACUAUGUAGACAAUCGAUCGAUCAAAUAGUUUGCCCUUAUGAGUAGCGCCUUUUCUAAAAUAUCACGAUCUUCGGUUUUUGAAAAAUGGCAGCCAGAUUAUUCACAGGAUCGUCUUUUAACAUUGUUAUCACGUUGGUUUGAUAAAGGCCAGUGGCCGAAAGCUCACCGUUUUUUUUAAAUAUAUUAUUCGGCUUUUUACAUUUUUGAUGUCGAGGAAAAGGUCAACUUCUUUUAUUUAUCUAAUUAUAUUCAAUAUGUUCCUCGCUCGAGCACUUAGUAAUAUUACCAAUCUGGAACCAAGCAGUGACCGUCGCCGAGUGCUCGUUGAAACAUUAAAAAAUCCGGAAAAACUUGCGAAGACAAUCCUGAGAAUAGAGUUCCUAACUGCCUGCAGAAAAGAGAAGAUCAAUCCCCGUUUCAUAGAAGAAGCUCUAAAGCCUGUAGAAAAGAUAUUUUGUGACUCUGAGAGGGUACAAACGAAAUGCAAGACCUUCGCCCAUUCGAUAUUAAACGAAGCUAUCGCCGAGGCGUACAGAAGAAAAGCAUAUCUUCUUAGACAGCGCAACCGUCAAUAUGCAGAGAUUCAAAGUGUUCACGAUGAUAGGCUUCUCUCAUACAUUUAUUCGACUUGCGAGGAAGUUUUUCAUGUUACUCUGCGUGACAAUAGACCAAGACUGAUUCAGAAGUUCCGCAAGCUACAGGCUGAUCGGCUUCGUCUGUCUACACAUGACAAUGCAGCUCUGUUCUCAAACACAAGGAGGGUUGUGAAUUUAUCUUCACUCGUGCUUAAAGAAGAUGAUCUACAGUUGCUUUCGAAAGGGCCCAAUUUUGCCAUUUCUCAAAAGAUAUCCCAGGACGUACUUCUAGAAGCUGAAAAGGGGAUCGAGCGUUUUGCCUAUGGCAAACGGUGGCAAGAUGCCAUUCGCAGACAGAAACCAUCUGCGUACAGUGCUGCGCCGACCACUUUAACGAACGACAACGAAUCCAGAACUUCGAGCACGACUACAACUACGAGACCGGCGAACACUACAGCGACUGAUGCGACUACGACCGUUGGUACAGCGCCUGCCUCCGGUCCGCAAGCCAGCACUGCGCCUCCGGCGGUGGCCACCUCCAUCGCCCCACCGGUCAACAACAGUGAGGCUAUCGCGGGGUCAUCAGCGACGGCCAACGACAACGGCGGCACACUGGACGACCGUGUGGCACCUGCAACUUCAGCUGAUACCAGCAGCCGGAGAUCAGCACGUGCCAGGUUCGCGUCCUUUAUCGCUCCAAAGACCACCCGGACAGAAAAAUCGCAGAAUCCCUACUUAUAAAAGCAAACCGCCCGCACAUAAACUCAAAUCUUUCGUCGUGGCCAAUCAUGUAAGCGCCUGUAUCAUGUGUAUCUUGUGAGCGUGUAGCCUUUUCAACUCAAUCGAUUAAUAUGUGUAUGUGUAUAUUAUUUUGUUAUGUGUGUGAUGUACAUCGGCGUUAGUGUACAUACCUUCCAUACGAUGUGUGUUUGACAGCUACGUGUACAAUUGUAUAUUAUGUAUGUUACGUACAUCGGACACUAUGUAGACAAUCGAUCGAUCAAA